AUUAAAUGAUGGAUGAGUUUUUUGAAGAUGUUCAAACUUCUGAAAUGCCAACUGAUAUUAAGUUUGAGUAGUAAAAUGAGAUUUAAGGAGUUUAAGUAAGAAAUUCUUGUAAAUUAAGUAUUCUGCUUUUGAUGCUUUUGAAGAUGCAGCACCAAUUUAACCAAUUAUAUAUAAUGCUUAUGUGGUAUUAUUAAAGUUAAAUAUAGAGUCCAGAAUAAUAAAUCAGAAAAGAUAAAUUGCGAGUUAUAGAAGAUGAACGAAUUGCUUAAAUUAGAGAGAAAGAUCAAUAAGAAAGAUUAUUGAAAUAAUAAAAAUAAUAAAGAGGUUAGGAAUUUUUGAAGGAGUUUAAAAAGUAAAUAAAUUUGAAUUAUAUUGAGACAAUAAGAGGCAGAAAUAUAAUAAAGAAGAAAUCAAAAUAAAUAGAAAUAAGAGAUUUGGUGUGAAAAUUAAAAAAAUCACAAUGAAUAUGUAUGAUAGUGUAUUUAGUAAAAGAAAAACUCUUGGGAUUAAAUAUUAUCUAAUAUUGCUUUAAAAGAUGGGGAAUAUCCUGGAUAAAAAGAUGUAACUAAAAUGAGAUAAGCAAUCAUUAAUAAAAGAAGUGAUCUGACUAAGUGA